CAGACUGACAUACAGACAGACAGAGAGAGAGAGAGAGUGACAGACAGAGAGAGUGACAGACAGAGAGACAGAGAGAGAGAGAGAGAGGAAAGGGAAGAGAGCAAGCAGGUGAAGCAGAGCCUGUCUGCUUGCGCUCCGGAGAAAGAAAGAGAGGGAGAUUAGAAAGAAAGAGAGGAAGGAGAAAGAGCCAGGUAACCUUUAGCUUUGCUGAGCUGUGUCACCAUGAGGUGGUCCACCCGUCGUUGCUCCAGGACGAUCUGUCUCUCCCUGGCCUUCUCCUCCGUCCUCCUCCACCUCCUCCUCCUGUCUCUCCCCGUCUUACAGCCUCCCUGCGAGCCCAACCCGGCCCCCAGGAGCCAGUCCCUCCGUGCCCUGGGGGCCAACCACGUCUACCGAGGAAGCCAGGAUCACCUCGACUCCGGACCCCCAGAACCUUCCCACGCGUCUCCUGACAGAUGGCCCCUCAAACGGAUGGACGUUCAAAUUGAUCCGUUCCAGGUUCUUGACAUGGAAACGGCAGUUAAUAUGGAGGCGGGGCUUGAGGAGGCGGAGCUUGAGGAGGCGGAGCUUCAUGAGGCGGAGCUUGAAGAGGCGGAGCUUGAUGAGGUAGGGCUUGAGGAGGAGGCGCUUGAGCAGGAAGCGCUUGAGGAGGCGGAGCUUGAGGAGGCGAGGCUUGAGGAGGCGAGGCUUGAGGAGGCGAGGCUUGAGGAGGCGAGGCUUGAGGAGGCGGGGCUGUCUCAGCUCGAGGAACUAUUCGACCACCCGUUGUACAACCUGCCAGGCCCGCCCCUGGAGGAAGACGAUUGGCUGCUGAAAGUGAAACCCAAACUGAGAGCCAGUGAGAAGAGCUCGCAGAUGUGGGUGAGUAACACGGACGAUGGCUUCGAGGAGGUGAGGUGGAACAGCAGCGCUGCCAGCCACCCCCCCUGGCUGCGCUUCCACCUUGGUAUCUCCCGCUGGCAGCUCUACCCCCCCCACGACCCCAACGUGGUCCAGCUCGCCCUGCAGCUGGCCACACACCGCAUCGUCAGCGCAGUGCAGAAGACUGGAGGAACCCAGCUGAAGCUGAUGAUGUCGUUCCCCAACUACGGACAGGCCAUGUUCAAGCCCAUGAAGCAGGAGAGAGAUGAGGAGACCAACUACGACCUGUACUACUUCUCUGACUUUGAGAGACACAAUGCUGAGAUCGCUGCCUUUCACCUGGACAGGAUCCUGGGUUACAGGAGGGUUCCUCCGGUGGUGGGCCGGCUGGUGAACGUGACCUCAGAGAUCAGAGACAUCACCACCGACCACAAGCUGGCCCGGACCUUCUUCACUUCCCCCGUGGGCAACGUGUGUUUCUACGGUCAGUGCUCGUACUACUGCUCCACGGAGCACGCGGUGUGUGGCCGGCCCAGCCUGCUGCAGGCGUCCCUGGCCGCCAUGCUGCCCGACCUCUCCCUGGUCUCGCGCAGAUCCUGGAGGUCACCCUGGAGGAGGUCUUACAGCCGCAGCAAGCUGGCCAAGUGGGAGACAGAGAAGGACUACUGUGCCACGGUGAAGAAGACCCCCCCCUACAACGAGGGCACCAGACUUGUGGACCUGAUGGACAUGGCAAUACUGGACUUCCUCAUGAGUAACAUGGACAGACACCACUACGAGACCUUUGAGAAGUUUGGCAACAACACGGUCCUACUGCACUUAGACAAUGGCAGAGCGUUUGGGCGCCACUCCAAAGAUGAGCCAUCAAUCCUGGCUCCUCUGGAACAAUGUUGCAGGAUCAAGCGCUCCACCUGGCUGCGCCUACUUCUCCUCUCCCUGCCUCAGUUCCGCCUCAGCCAAGUCAUGAAGAACUCACUUUCCCAGGAUCCUCUAGCGGCCGUGGCCCCGCUCCUCUCAGAGCCCCACCUCGCCGCCCUCGACCGUCGCCUAGCGACCGUGCUGCGGACCGUGCGCAGUUGCCAGGAGCGACAGGGUCACAAAGGUGCCGACGGGGUCAUCUAUGAUGACAUCCCUCAAUAUAAGGACCAAGUCACCCCUGCAACAGAAUAGCCGGAGCCGGGGUUUUUCAUGGUCCAUCUCCUGGAGGAAGUGACAUCAUCAUCGAAUUUUGCAAUGGCGCUGGGUGAUGACAUCAUUACUGAGGAAUAGCAAUGACUCAGCAAUAGUUUAGUUGGAAGGAACCUCUCAGAUAUCAACUGCAGAUACAUAAUAUUAAACGAACCUUUCAGGCAAAGAGAUGCGAUAUACUGUCUGCAAUAAUGUUUGCUAAUGGUCGCUGGUAAACUUUUCAACAACCACAGUACAAAAAGGCAUCUGUAAGAAAGCUCACAAUUCACUAUGUUUGCUCUUAUUGCUUCAAUGACAGGCUAGUGACUGAGGCACACAUCUGUGUAUCCCAGUAGGCUAACACUGUCACCCUCCUCAACGUCCCAUUGGUCGAAACGACAACAUCCUGGUUACGAAACAGCCAUGACCCUGGUUGUUAGGGAGGUGUGUAAGCUCUGAUGAAAACAACACUUCAGGACAGUUUGCAACUGACCAUAUCAGGAAGGGUAUGAUGUUUCUCAACAGGAAAUACAAACUGUGUCUUUCUGCUUGUUUGGUAUGUUGUUCUUAAAUAUAAGAAGGGAAACGUGUCAAUGCAGCUUGGAGAUAUGGACCUGAAUUUGAUCAUGUUGACAAGAGACACAGAUUUAACUGACUGUGCUUGGUUUUGUUUUGUCAGCUGAUUCAUGUGGAAUAAUAAAAAUAUUUUGUAUUGUAUUCAAAUGUAUUUCUCUGAAAGUACAAUACCCACUCUGAUCCAAAUGAGCUCAAUAUUAGAAUAUGUAUUCUUCGGUCUGAGGCAAGCAAUACCUUGGUAUCCCGGAUGUUGCAAUAUCAAUGUUUUCCGCUCAAAUCUUUUC